UCGCUUGUAAAAUAAAACUUUUUUUCAAAAAGCCAAAAUAAAAGUCAAAAAAUUAAUAGUGUUUUUUUAUUGGUCUGCUAAAAACAAACAGAUAAGGUAGUGAUGACAUUAUUAUGACUAAAAAUAAUCUGUUACAUUAUAGUUUACUCCCAAGGUGUAAAAACAUACAUUAAAAACUAUAUUUAAUCUUUUGAGCAUGAUCAGUUGCAGAUGCUGAAGAUCGUGUUUUUGAAAAAAAGUCACACUUCUGUCCUUUUUAAAAACUCAUUUUACUAAUAAAAAAAUCAUAUAUUUAUCCAUCCAACGAUGCCUCGAUCUCAAUGAAAUAUCUGAUGAUGAAUGGACCUCCUCAUCAGAAAAUGUGAUAUAUCAAGACAAAAGGAAUGGAUUAUGAUCGAUUGGUACUAGCAUACAAGUUAUCGGAGAGAUUUAUAGAAGAAGGAAAUGACAACGUCGCAAAACAAUUUUGUGAUAUUUUGUUUGAUUUUGCCGCAAGCAAAGUAUGUAGCAUAUUUGACAAAUCUUCCAGGUUUGAGUAUCCCGUGUUAGAUUGUUUAUGUGAAUGGUUGUUCAAAAAGAAUGGUAAUUUUUCUCUGGAGAAAGUUAUUGAAAGAGUCAAUCAAUGCUUAAAGGAAUGUGACAGAUUAUAUUAUGUGAUAACACAAGAUGAUUUGAAACAUCCCUUCUACAAAACUGAAGUUGAAAGUCUGCCAUUUACAUUUGAAGUAGAAGACAGAAAGAGGAUAUAUCAAUACCUUACUCAUAAAAUUUCUGCUCUGGACGUACGUUACUUUGCACAUUUUCUGAUUCCCUAUGACGAUGUCGACAAGAUAUACGCAGAUAAUGUAGAAAAUAUUCAGGGAGUUAUAACAGCUGUGCUGGAUAGCUGGGAUCGCAUGUCACCGUCUUGGAACAAACUAAAAUCAGUUUUGAAGUUUUUGGGAAGGGAUGAACUUGUCAAUAACAUUAAAGGUGGUGCACAUGACUAUGGCCAUCAAUCAACUGUGUGUGAUCAUUUUUUGGAUGUACCUCUUAAUGUACCAAACUUCACUGGACGAGAAGACAUUUUGAAAGAUAUUUAUUCGAAAUUACAUGAAGACAACAGCUAUUCUCUGUUUACUGCAGUAUGUUUAAAUGGCUUAGGUGGCGUUGGAAAGACUUCAAUUGCUGUUCAGUAUGCUUAUUUAAACCGACAUAAUUAUGAGAGUGUUUUGUGGUUACAAGCAGAUGAUUUACACAACUCCUUGCAAACAAUGUGUGAAUAUUUUGACAUAAGCUAUAAUUCCCAAUCCAAACCCAAAGUUAUGGUUCAAAAACUUUGUUGCAAAAUUAAAAAAUCAAAAUGUUUAUUUGUCUUGGAUAAUGCAGAAAAUUUUAAUUCGAUUGAUGCAGUUUUAAAAAAUCUAAAUUUGGAGAAAAAGCCUCAUGUUAUUGUAACCUCCCAACAGAGCGAUUGGUAUAAUUUGGGUGGGGGACAGAUCACAACAGGUGUUUUUACUGAGACUGAAGCAAUCAAGUUUUUUGAUGAAGUAGCAACUGACAUGAAUAGUGUAAAGAAACUUGUGGAAGAAUUGGAAAAUUUGCCAUUAGCCAUGCAGUUGUCUUUGGGUUAUAUCAAAAGACAUUCUAUGAGUGCCGCAAAAUACCUUGAAGCAUUUUGCGAAGAAAAAAGUCAUUUGUUUCAUGAAAACAUUGCUAACAAUAAAGCACUUUUAACAGUUUGGAAAAUGGCAUUUGAGAAGCUGAAGUUACAUGAAGACAAAGUUUCUAUUAACAUUUUGAAUAUGAUGGCAUAUAUGAAUAACACUUUCAUAAACAUGAAUACUUUUUUGUUUUAUGAUGAAGUACUAAAUGAAAUAAUGUUAAAUCGUGUAGUUGAUAUUCUGUGUGAAUAUUCUCUGGUUACAAAAAGAGAUACAAAUUUGAAGUCAGGACAAGUUGUCACCAUGCAUAAGCUUAUUCAGAGAGUAUUGAAAGAAUUUGAAGAAUUGUCUAGUGUCGAUUCAGAUCAUCUUAGUUUGUUCAUGGGAAUCUUAAAGGCAGUCUCCACGCAACAAAAAAAUGAGUUUGACAUUGACAAUGAAAACUUGUGGUUUAUACACAUGAAACAUGUAUUUAAUAACAAUGAAGUAGAUAUAACAACCUUUCCUAAAGAAUUUCCAACAGUAGCUUCUCAAAGAGGUGAGGGAGCUGUAGUACAUCGUUAUGCUGUUGAAUAUUUGGAAAUGAAUUUAAACAGUGAAAUUAUAGACUCUCCUUUAGAAUGUGCAUUCAUAUUUGCAAAUUGGAUGAAAGAUCAUUGCCUUAUCAAUGAAGCAUUUUCUUUUUUGGAUGAAAUAAUAAAAGAUGCACAGAAAAAACUGGAAGAAACUUCUCCCACGUUUUUAUUGUUUCAGAUGAGAUGCAUUAUGAUGAAAUUUCAUAGUGGCCAUAAAAAAGAAGCAGUAGAACAAUUUAAUAAAAUUAAGAAUUACUUGUAUGUAGAAGGCAAUGUGGAUAUUACUGUAGAAUUGAUAAUAAUACAUGUGAUGCUUUUAUUACAUAACUUUCCUGAUGUUGAAACAGCACUAAAGUUACUAGAUAAAGCUAUUGAGUUAUGCUUGAGUAAUUCUAGUGAAAUAUCCCAAAACUAUCUUUCACUUUUAAUGUAUAAAUGUAAAAUAUUUUGCAGUAUUCAGGACUUUGAGAGUUGCAUGGUCAUAAUUACUGAACUUGAUGACUUGUUUAAAGAACAUUGGAUUCCAGAAAACCAUAAGCUCAUGUUUAAUUUAAAGGAAGUGAAAUGCAAUUACUUUUUUUAUAAACAAGAAUUUGAAAAAGCAUGCAAGAUAUGUUUGAAACUGUUGGAAGCAAAUUUUAAUUAUGAUUCAGUUUCUUUUGCCAAACACUCUUUAGUUAAAAUUUAUAUACUGGAGGGAAAGUAUAAAGAAGCAAUAGCUAUAUGUGAAACACCAAUACCAGAUCAUAUUAAAGAAAAAUGCAAAACCCUUCCGUUUGAAUUUUUCAAUGAAGCAUUGGAUAUCAACUGUUAUAAAGGACUGUCAUAUUUCUGUCUUAAUCAGUUGGAUGAAGCUUUGUAUUCUCUUCAUAAUCUUUAUAAUGAUGACAUUUCAACAAAAUGGCUAAAUGAAAAUGGUGUGAACCUCAAAGAUGCCAUUGAUGUAAUUAAACAGUUAAAGAAAUAUCAAGAAAAAGCAAGUCGACUUCACCAGUCUGGAGGUAAUAGAGAGGAGCUUCAGGAAUUGCUAACAAAAUGUCAGAAUAUCUGGCGUGAUACAUGUGCUCAGUAUAAAGCAUUAUUACUGAAAUUUAUUUGGUAAGAGAUGUUUACAACAACGUGUUUCAGGAACUGAUAAUGUACUAAGAGGAAAA